CGAAAUCUGAUAACGAUGACUUGAACGACUCCAGGCGUGCCAGUGGACAGCAAAACACUCAUUUCACCCACCGUGUCGACGCCGGUCAUGAUGGUCUUCACCCACUGAACAUUUAAUUAUGGGGUCCUCGGGGUAAAUGAAGAUGACCGCCUUUUAAUAAUCAGGUUGAAUCAAAAAAAAAACAACAGUUUUCCCCUCCUUCCUGGACUCGAAGGAUGCUGAAGCCUGGCGCGACGUACGAUUAUAAUAAUGACGGUACGCUGGCUCUUACUUCUGCCGUCGUAACUCCCAUCCCCCCGAACAUUGGUAACAUGUAGGUCGUCUAUCCUUUCAGCAACGUGACUCGUAUACGUACUGAUUGGACAAAACCAAUCCAGAACAGGACCACUCCUCAUCGGAUACCUGGUCAACUUUGGUCUGUUUGGCGUCUUGUCUGUACAGACGUAUAUCUACUAUUUAGCAUUUCCGAACGAUGCCAAAAAAUACAAGGUUUUGGUCUUUGGUAUUUACCUUACCGAGGUGGUCCAAACAUUGAUGGUCGCCCAUGAUGCUAUGCAAACUUUUGGGCACGGAUUUGGCCGCCUGGACGUAUUGAACGAUGUUCAAAACAUAUGGUUCCAUGCAUGUGUUCUCGAUGGCAUCAUCGCCUGUGUGAUCCAAAUCUCCUUUGCAUACCGAAUAUACCUUCUAUCCCACUCGAAGAUUAUUCCAGCAGUCGUGUCUCUCUUGGCUUUGAAUCAAUGUGCAGCAGCUGUUACGACAGGUGCACUGGCCAAAAUCAACGGCACAGUUUCGAACAUAUCGUUCGAUCGUACCAUGCGACCGGUUGCGGGUCUUUGGCUCGGGGGCAGUGCGCUCUGCGACAUCUUGAUUGCACUUACCUUGACAUACGUGCUCUCCAAGUUCGAGCUCUCCAAACACGAAUUUUCCAAGCACAGCAGCUUCACUGAGACUCGCGAUCGCAUAAAACGAAUCAUAAGACUCACAAUGGAGACCGGUAGUUUGACGGCGAUCAUUGCGACCACUGCCCUCAUCCUCUUUAUAGUGUUCCCAUUCGAGGACUACGAAAUCUGUCCCGCAAUCAUCUUGGCCAAAAUGUACUCUAACUCGCUCAUGGUCAUGUUUAACAGCAGAAUACAAACCCAGACUGGCCUCGGCCAGCGAGUAGAUGCCAGUGGCGAGUCAAAACUCGAGGCCACUGUCGUCAGUUUGGCUCAUCGGAAUACGGACGCAAGAAUGGGAAGUGGGCCCGUCGGAGUGAGGGUGGAUGAGACCACUUCUGGACUGAUUUUUUGGAACGGCGCGGCAUUUGCUAUGGAACCAAUUCCCGCUCCUGGCGAGGCAUUGUGUACGACGUCAAGGUCUAGUGGUUUAUCCAACAAUGUAUGAGGAUCUGAGGUCUACCCUAUAUGUCCGAGAUCACCUCUUGAGGUGUCUAUUAUAAUCAUUAGGUGGUAAAUCCUUGGACCCCGUAGGAUAGAGUAUUUAUGUAUGUGUUUAUGUAAUUUCAGGGUGGGCC